AUGGCGAUCGCCAUCUCGCAGGCCGUGCUGCAGCACCGCGGCAGCGUCGCGUUCCCGGUGCCCGGGGCCCCCGACGUCCACAUGAGAUUCAAGCGUUUCAGGGUCACCGGCAACAUGAUCUCCGGCGCAGCGCAGCAGCACAAAAAGCGGCUGAUCCCGUUGCCGGCGGACGGACGCGAUGGCGCGCGCCAAAGCGGAAAAACGCCAAAUAUGGAGGACAUUUGGAAGAAUGGCGGCAUCGAACUCCCGAAAAUUUUCGAGAAAGUUGAUAGCGCCGGGCGGGCUCGGCGGGCCCGAGCGGGGAACCCACUGUUUUUGCGGCUCAACAUUGGCGGUGUCAAAUACAUGAUCCUCGUCGACGCGCUUUUAAGAGCGGAAAAUACUACGUUUUUGACAAAGUUCGUCCAGCUCACCCAUCCCUCCAGGCUUAAGAUUGCCGACGCGUACAUGCCCGGCGACGACGCCUACUUUUUUCAGCGCAGCCCCGUGGCCUUUGAGGCCAUUUAUCAGUACUACGCCACCGGUAUCAUCCACCGUCCCUCCGAGAUUAUUGCCGAACCUCCUUUCUGUCGAGCUCGACUUUUGGCGGAUAUCCCAUCAACACGUGGUCGUGUUAUUCGGAUAUUGUCCCGAGGAGAAGCCCGAGAGGCAGAAGAAGGAAGGAGGAAAAAG